GCGUGAUCAGGGCAGACCUGGUGUCAUCAUCUCUCCCUGUGGCCCACGUGGUGCCAGGUCUCGGCUAAUAUAUGAAAGUGGGAUUCUGCUGCAAAGGACAUACAUGCACAUUAUUUGUAAAUGAUAUCUAUUGUUUUUGUAAAUCUGAUCUGUAAGGAAGUGGUGUUACUUUGUAGUGGCUUAUCUUUUACUUCUGUUUUACUUCUGUCUACUAUUUUGUAUUAUAUUAUGUCAGUUACUAAUAAUAGCAGUGUAGAGAUUUUGUUUGUACAACAGACAUUUCAGGUUGUGCUGACUGAGGGACCAAUAAUGAAAGUUAUUUUUGCAACAUUAAUGUCUAUAUUCUUUAUUUAUUUGAAUGCUAUCAUGAUCUACACUCUUUGGAGCAAGUCUGUUUUUAAAGAGACUCCACGCUACAUUCUGUUUACCCACAUGCUUCUCAAUGACUCAAUUCAACUUUUCUUCACCUCCAUGCUGUACAUUUUCAGUCUAUCCUUACUCAAAUUAGUCACGGCUGCUUGUGCUUUUGUAGUUUUUGUUUCAGUUACAACGUUCCGUAAUGCACCUUUAAACCUGGCUGUGAUGUCACUAGAGCGUUAUGUGGCCAUAUGCUUUCCUCUAAGACAUGCUGAAAUAGCCACUCAGAAAAGAACUCAUAUUGCUAUUGGAGUCAUUUGGUUUAUUGGUUCUAUAAACUUUGUAAUCGACUUGCUUUAUGUAGCAGUAUUGGACCGUAACUUUUUAACCUCACAAAUAUUGUGCGUAAGAGAAAGACUCUUCAUAAAGCAAUGGCAAGCAGAUGCAUUACAAGCUUUAAGCAUAUUCUACUUUGUUUUAGUGUCUAUGAUCAUCCUUUUCACAUAUAUCAACAUUGUGAUCACAGCCAGGUCCAUUCCCUCCAAUAAAGACUCUGCUGCAAAAGCUCAUAAGACUGUGCUGCUGCACUUCAUUCAGCUGGGCCUGUGUCUUUCCUCUUUUCUCUACAGCUUCAUAGAGCGAGCUGCAGCAUUGGUUGUUAACAGUACCCUUAUCUCAGACCUGCGUUAUUUAAACUACUUGUUUGUGCUGAUCUUGCCACGCUGCCUAAGCCCACUCAUCUAUGGACUGAGAGACAAUGCUGUACGGCCCUUAUUCAUCUACUACUUUUGGCAUGCCACAGGCAAACGCAGGUCUACUGUCAACGUACACUGAUUUAAAGAUAUCAGAUGCUUGCCAGCCUCCAUGUGUAAUGUUUCGGUGUUGUGGAACAUAUAUAAAGAAUGGUUAUGCAUAUGUUGUAAUCCCUCUCUGCUGGGGGUUUUGUUUCAACUCUGUAAAACCCAACUCUGCUCUCAUCCACCUGCUAAACUGAAUGCAUGAGACUGUGUACCCACU